GCUUUCACUUUUAGACACACACGAGUUCAUUGGUCAACCUUCGCAAUGGUCGUCGCAGCAUCCACUUGUCGCACGGAGACGGUCUUCGACUACAGCUGGCGGAACGUGGUGGUCGCCUACUGGAACCGCUAUCCGAAUCCCUCCAGCGCCCACGUCCUCACCGAGGACACCAUUCAGCGGGAGGUGCGCGACGGCAAGCUCUUCUCGCGCCGCCUCCUCUCGAAGACCAAUCCCGUGCCCAAGUGGGGCGCACGCUUCUACAACAAUGUGCCGGUCAAGAUUGUUGAGGACUCUGUGCUGGACCCGGUCAAGAAGACCUUCACCACGUUCACCAGGAACCUGGGCAUGACCAAGAUAAUGAAAGUCGAUGAAAUCGUUAUAUACAGCGAGCAGAAGGACGGCAGCACACUGGCAGUGCGAAGAGCCUACAUCAGCUCCCAGGUGUUUGGAUUCUCGCGGGCCAUCCGCGCCUUCGGAAUCGAGCGGUUCAAGUCCAAUGGCAACAAGGCUUCCAGCGGCUUUAACCACGUGCUGCGACGCAUGUUUCCGCACAGCCUGGUGGGUGGAGGUCACCAUCAGCCAGCUGUGACGACGACCACCUCAGCCGGAGAACUAGCUGUGGCCACCACCACGGCAACCAACUCAGCCGGUAAUCACAACAACACAGGAACCUUGAAGAGCGCUGCCAAAGUGGGAUACGAGUUCUUCAAGAGCCACGCCUCCAAGAUUGCGCAACUGUUCUCUGUGAAGAACUGAGGGAAUGAACUGUUUGAAACCGAGGAAUCUACCGAAGCCUUCGGUUACGGAGUGUACGAUUUUGCCAGGACGGGAAAAGGAAAGAGAGGCGGAGGCGUCCGGUCGGCGGCUGUUUUAAAACAUGUAUUCCAAAGCAAAUACCAACCAUAUACUUUGCUGCAUUUCAUUCCGUGUGUGCGCGAGCCAGCCGGCUGAUCAGAACGGAGGCACUAUUUGCUGAACACAUUUCCUGCAUCCUACAAAAUUCUUUUAUUUAUAUUUAGUCAUUUGCAUUACUUGCAUUAUUGUGUACCAUUCUGUUAGGGUCAAAAAUGGAAACUAAAAGCCGUGUGUCAAAUUUGGAAUUUCUAUGUAAACUGUUGUAUAUUUUUUUCAAGAAAAUCGCACACACGCGUAGUUCAUAAAAUUGUAAUUAUUAAAAAUACAUUUAGUUUGUUAAAAAUGCACGGCA